AUGAGCUUAAAAGAGCGAGUUAAUAAGUUAUUCAGCAUUCAUACGAAUUAUGCUUAUCCAGAGCAUGUGUUAAAUCAAGCUGAAUCGUUAAAAUCAUUAUCAAACGAUCUCUACACAGACUCUUUUCGUUUCAUAUAUGAGCUACUGCAAAAUGCUGAUGACGCUUCACUUCUAAGCACGAACAAUUCACAAAAAGUAGUAAUUGCUAUUCGUGGCGUCUAUUUGAUCGUUGCACACAAUGGUGCUUCUUUUACUGAAGACGAUCUGGAUGCUUUAUGUGCUGUUGGAAAUGGAUCAAAAACGCAAAACUAUCGAAAAGCGGGAUACAAAGGCCUUGGUUUCAAGGCCGUAUUUGGAAAAUCCGAUUAUGUACUCAUUUAUAGUAAAGGUGAAUAUUUUCGAUUCGACGCUUCAUACACAUUUCAAUGGAGUGAAAAAUGGCCAGGGACUCAAAGAUCAUGGGAAGACAAAAAGCAAAGAAAAUUUAUUUUUCCAUGGCAAAUAACUCCAGUAUGGACAGAAAUCAACGAGGUUCCAAAAAUUGUCCAAGAAUUUAUUGUAGAAAAUUCAUGUUCAGUAGCAAAUGUUAUGCAAAUCACUACAUCAGAUGAAAUCGAAAAAGGAUUGAAACAGCUGCAGAAACACCCACAUACUCUAUUAUUUCUCAAAAAUCUGACUGAUAUAGAAUUUUAUUCAAAGGCACCUAAAGUUACGCUUACGUUACAAAAGAACAGUGACGGAACGAGAAAAAUACAAUCGAGCUGUAACGCUGCUUCCUGUUGGAUAGUAAGACAAAUCGAUUUAGUUAUACCAGACGAAAUUCGAAACGCAUUAAUGAACGCUUCAAACGUACCAGAAAAACUAAAAUCGUUACGAAAAACUGAAUUAUUUUUUGCUGCAAAAUGUGAUGAGAAGUGUAAUAUUCAAAAACUAACCGAAACGGAAAGUGUUCUAUUUUCCUACAUGCCGACAAAAAUAACUGAAUAUCAGCUCCCAUUCCUGGUUAAUGCAAAUUUUAUAACAAAUGUUAACAGGGAGCAAAUACAUACAGAUUCAGUUUGGAAUCAAUGGCUAUUUCAACAAAUACCAAUAGAAGUCUUUCGAUGGAUCGCAGAAUUAGUACAUCAAGAUCGAUGGCAAAAACAAGCCUAUACAUUAAUACCAAACAUACUAAAACUAGAAAAUAAUUUGUCGAAAAAAUACAAUGAAAGUUAUGAGAAAUGUAUUAAAAAAACUAAAUUUAUUCGCAAUAAUGAACAACCUCCUGUGUUAUUAUCAGUUGACGAAGCGUACAUUGAUUCGACAUCGUUAUCAAAACAAUCGUUCAUUGGUAACGAUCGUGUUAGAUUAUGCCUGCUGGAAAUUAAUCGCAACACCAGUCAUUUAGCUCUUUAUCCGUUUAUUCAACAAAAUAAUGAACUUCAAAAGUUGGGUGUUAAAACGUUUGACUGGUCCCACUGUAUUCAACUGUUUAAGUUGUCUAACUUUUAUCGAACACUAUCAUCUCAGGACGAUACAAAAUUGAUUAUGUAUAUGUAUGAUAAAAGAAGUAACGCAGACUUAGACCGAGUCAUCCGCGACAUUCCUUUUAUCAUGGAUCAUACAAACAAAUUACAAUCGGUAAGAUGUAUUUUUAUUCGUCUUUUGCCUAAUGAAAUGUGGGAUUCCUUUCCCUCCGAAGUACCUUUCGUUCAUACGACAAUUCAAACAUGGUUUGACUCAAAUCGAGCAAUCAAAGAGUGGUUGAAACAACUCGGUAUUCAGGAAAAAGCAGAUUUAACCUAUUUAUACAAAAAAAUUAUUCCAACUGCAGAAAAUUAUAUAAAAACUACCGAUCAUUCGUUCAAAACCAUUGAUAUUUUAUUCCACCUAUUUCAAAGUCAUCAAAUCCCGGAGGAACAUUUAAGUCAACUCAGCAAACUGAAGUUAGUCACCACAAAAGGAACUCUGGUUUCCGCUGGAAACUGUUAUCUCGCAGAUGUAUAUAAACCAUCAGUAUGUCUAGAACAGAGACUGCAACAAACAGAUAUUUUCCUUUCUGAAAAGUAUUUGACAGCAAGUGAUACAGGGAUCAUAAAAAGGUGGAAACACUUUUUCCUCUGUAUUGGCGUUAACGAGACAAUUACAGUGACGAUCGAUCAGCAAUCGAAUCCGAGAAAAAGUUGUCCUACUCGUUUAAUAACUAUCAGUUUUAUAGAAAAAACAAUUAAUAACUAUGACUUUUCUUAUUUCUUUUGGCAAUAUUUAACCCAGUCAUUUACAGUUAAACACUUAAUUCAAGAAGUAAACGCCCUCUCAGUAUACUAUCAUAUUCCAGUUAAUUCUUUGGGAUCAUAUGUAAACCACGCUCAAUGGUUUGCAUACAAUAUGCAAUGUAUUCCAACGAUCACUUGCGGUGAAUGCAAGCGAUCGAUCGACACAUUUGCGAAUCUCCCGCAAUUAACACAAUUAGCAGGGAACUACAUGCCUGUCUGUGCAGUGAUAAUGAAACCGGAUUGGUGUGCAUUUCUUGGUUUUAAAACUCAAUUUUCGCUAGAAGACUACAUACAAUUACUUGAACUGAUUUCUAAUGUUAAAGUAGAUCAAGAAAAUGAAGAUCGUAUACAGGCAGUUUAUAGUCAUCUGUUGGCGUUAUUGUCUAAAAUAAAAGUACAGGAGCGAAAAUGUAAAGUACCACGUCUGCUUGGUGAGAAUAAUCAAUUUAUGACAGCAAAAGAACUGCACGUUAACAUGGAUCAAACAACCAUUAUUCUGCCGAAAGAUAAAUUUCAUUUACUGAAACUAAAUAGCGGCAACAGCAAAAAUCCGAAUCUUAACAAAUUGUUGAAUUUAUUCAACAUUAACCAAAUCCGUCUUCAAAACUUGAUUUUUCGACCACUAAAUCCGCAGGAUUCAAGUGACUUUAAGCACAAGCUCUUCGAAAUAAUUGAUUUUAUAAAGAUGUGGUUCAAAUGGAAAAAACUCGGAACAAAUGGUUUCCUUGAUCAGUUAGAAGCAAAUAUUGGAAAAGCGAGUAUAUUUGAAGCAGAUUCUCUGGAAUUAUUGUACAAUGAAGUAGUUAUCAAAACACUUACUAUAUACUCAAUAAAUAAUCAAUUAUUUCUGGUUCGACCAUGGACUUCUCAACAGCAUCAAAUAGAUUUAUCAACAAAGUUAUGCGAAAUUCUGUUGUUGAAAGAAUUUGACAAGGAAAUGCAAUUUCUCUUAUCAGCAGUGCCGUCAGAAAUUGAAGAUAAAUUUCUUCAAUUAGGCAUACCGUUGAAUGAUCAAGUCAUCUCCACGAAAGGGGACGAAAACAACUCGAGGAUAGACGACGAGAGAGAAGAACAAAUUUAUAAAGCCUUAGUAUCUAACACGAACAAAAGUUAUAGCUCGAAAAUAGAUUAUGAGACAAUCGGUAAACUUGCUCUACUGGAGAAUGCUCAACUAUUAUCAAAACUGAAUCCUAUUCCAAAUGAGCCAAGCGAAUUAUUUUUGACCUGUUUGAAUAUGCAAAACGCACCAUGGAAAGGAUAUGUUUAUCAUUAUACACACAUUGAAAAUGCCGUCUCCAUUUUCAAAGAAGGACGAUUAAAAUGUAGAAACAAUGUGGCUAACUUUAAGGAUUCAGCUGCGUAUGAUGUUAUUGAGCAAACAAGAAGAGAAGUAAAAGAUUAUGUACGUUUCUAUUUUCGGCCUCUAACGCCAACACAAUUCACAAAUGAAAACUUGGGCGGUAUGAAAGACACAGAACGUUUCGGAAACGAUCCCAUUUGUCCAGUACCUAUUUUUAUCAAGAUUCCUCUCAGCGAAAUUUUCAGACAGACAGAUAUUGAAUGGAAGGUGAGUUUGGGUAAUAUGGCGAGAAAAUUAGUGGUAUCUGGUAACACAAGAAAUAUAAUACAGCAGUUUGAUUUCAAUGGUGUUUAUCAGACUACACUCACUACCAGACAAUUUGCUAGCUCUCAACAAGAAUUUUUAAUUAAAUCACAAUUAAAAUUAGAUGAUCUAAAAGAAGUUGAGAUUCUCUGUCAAGAUUCUACCGCAGAAGAGUGUCUCAAGUUGAUGCUGCCCGAUGAUAAUCCGUUCAAACACAAAAUUUAUGUUGACAAAAGUUUGUAUCACAAUAAGAAUCCAAAAAUUUCGAUAACUGAGAGCCAUGGAGUGCUUAAAAUAGCAAUGCGUGACGGGAAAAAAAAUGGCAAAAUAGUUUUACAGUAUGCGACUAAUGCUUAUGUUGAAAGUCACCAGCAAAGUUCGAAAUUCACAACCAUAUCUGUACCAGAAAAGCUGACUAUAUCGCUAGACAAAGAAAGUACCGAUUGCUCAGUUUUCUACGCUUAUCACGGACAGAUAUGGUUGAUAAUGACCAAUAUGAAAGAUCCCAAACUCAGUUUGCCUCAUUUACGCGAGUCUCUAAAUUCUUUAUUAUAUAGUAGCAACAGCCCAGAUCCACAAGAGUUUCUGGAUAUUUUGAAGGAGCAUCCAUUAUUAGAGUACUGGUAUGAGCAACUGUCUGAAUUUAACUGUACAUUAGAGGAGUACACGUUCAAUAUGAUGCAAUUAUUUCAACAACAGUUUUAUAUACAAGGCAAUCUCCUUUCGAAUAGCUUCUAUCUUUUAUUAGCUUUUCAUGCGUUAGGUUUAGCGCGAGCGAAACUUAACAAUAACGAACGAAACUUUAUACCGUAUACCACAAAAAUAAUUGAUGAAAUAAGAGAUAUUAUUCCAGUUCCGGAUCUCGAAGUUGAGAAAAUGAAAAUAUUCUUGGAAUGA